ACAGGUUAUAGCUAGCUAGAGCAAGAUAUGCUGUCCAUCCCAAGUUAUUAUCCGAAGCAAAUCAGCUUCCCAAAAGGCCAAGGAGUAUUCCCAGUGAAUACUAUCUACUCCAAAAGCUUCUUUAAACCAAAAUCAAAGGCAGAGACCAAAGUAAUUGCAGCCAAGAAACACAGUGACUCAGAGAGAAGACGAAGGAUGCGAAUCAAUGGUCAAUAUGCCACUCUUCGUACCGUCCUCCCAAACUUGAUCAAAAUGGACAAGGCAUCUGUGCUUGCAGAGACGGUCCGGCAAGUAAGGGAGCUGAAGAGGGCGGUGGCAGAAGUGGAAGCAGCAUGUCGCCACAGUGACAGUGAUGAAUGUGUUUUACCAGGUGGGGUUGACAAGUUGAGUUUGGAAGAGUGUGAUGGAGAGCAAGAGGGGCUUGUGAAGGCCACAUUGAGCUGUGACGACAGGCCGGGGCUGAUAUCGGACAUGACAAGGGCACUGAGCUCUGUGAAAGGGAGGGUGGUGAGGGCUGAGAUGGUGAUAGUGGGUGGAAGGAGUAAAAAUGUGUUGUGGAUUCAAAGGUUGGGUGAUGGAAAAGAAGGGAUGGUGGCGCUACGGAGGGCAUUGAAGGUGGUUAUUGACAGGCCUAUUUUUGCAGGGCUUAGUAAGAGGUUUCAUCUUCCUCAGUGAUUUGGUUGUGAGUAGAGCUAACCCAUACAACAACCAUAACUUGUGUUUGAUAUGCUAACACAAUUUAGGAUCAAGUAUAUGUAUCUUAGUUGAUUUCUUAUUAAUUUAUCAUUAAUAGGAAUGAAUAUCAUUUGUCUCCCUGCUACUUGUGGAACCAUGCUGAGGAGAUGUAUCUUGUGUCAACAGGCCAUCAAAUUCAUAUGGCCAUUCACAAAACAAAUAAGAACUUAAAUACAAUCAUUUCUUAUAAGUUAACAAAAUUCUGACUCACCCAUCCUUGGCUUAGCC